GCGAUAGCGUGUAAGUCGGAUUCAUGGGCUGUUUGUUGUGCCGUUGUGACCAAAAAGCGUUCAGGUGUGGCUUACUCGACACCGAGGUACAUAUAGUUUUCGACGGGUUCUUAUCGCCUGCAUUGUUGAGRACGUUUUUUAAAUAUCAGAAGAUGAAUUUGCAUCAAGCGACAGCGAUCUUCGUAUUGGUUUGCUGGUGUGGCGGAGACAGUCGCACUAUUUGGGCAAACAUCGCCAACGGACGCUACUGUGGUACUCAUCAUCAUCGAAUCGGCGGAAGUUACUUAUACGGCACCGGCGCGUACCACCGAGGACCUCAAAAGUAUCGAAAUAUCGGCUUCUCUCAUCGUCCGUCGCAAAUGCCCGCUUUGGCUUCAAUUCCAACGUCKUCUGGCUUGGCGAUGCCCCGACACAAUUAUUAUUAUAACCGUCAACGUCCGUACCAAAAUGUAAUAAUCCCGAUGUCUCCGUAUUUCUGGUCGGCACCAAGAUCCGGUCUGCAUCGUGGUAACGAAUAUUACCGUGGUCUUGGUAGUGUCGUUGCCAUCGGGAGGAACCAACAGCAGCUGUUCUGCGGAUCGAUCCCGAAGAAAACGAGAAAGACCUUCAUCGACGGCUCUGGCGGACACGUUUACCGGUCAUUUAUUGAACCUAACACUCAAUAUGGYGGCGUUUACUGAUGAGCGUUGAGAAGCCACUGCUUUUUGUAUCMGAAUUCCACACAUAUUUCUGAAUUAACUUGCGACUUGCUUCCUACACCAGUAUGAUUUGAGAUGG